AUGACGGACUUCAAGCUAUUGGAGUUUGAGACCUUUUCAAAUAUUAUCAACAAUGAAUUAACCUCUACUUCACAAACUCGAACUGGAAUUAACCCAGCCACCACUCAGUCCAACCCACCCGUCCCAGUCUCAACCCAGGAUGACCUCGACAAGGCUGUGAAAGCCGCCAGAGCAGCAUUCAAAACCUGGUCCAAGACAUCCUUUGAUGAACGCCGCAAGGCCCUCAACGCCUGGGCCGAUGCCAUCGACGCCAACGCGGACGGGUUCGCAAAGACUCUGACAAUGGAGCAAGGCAAGCCAUUGACCCAGGCAACCGCAGAAGUGGGAAUGGCGAGCGUCUGGACCCGCGGACUAAGCUCAAUCGAGAUCAAGGAGAAUGUUAUCGAAGAGACAGACGACCGCAAGAUCGUGCAGCGCCAUACACCCAUGGGCGUGGUCGGCGCCAUCGUGCCCUGGAACUUCCCCGUCCUACUAGCCGUAGGCAAGAUCGUGUCGGCCGUCUAUACCGGCAACACGGUGAUCGUGAAACCAUCGCCCUUUACCCCAUACUGUGACCUGAAGCUCGCAGAGCUAGCAACCCACUUCUUCCCACCAGGAGUGAUCCAAUGUCUCAGCGGCGACGACUCCCUCGGACCCAUGUUCACCGACCAUCCCGGGAUCGACAAAAUCAGCUUCACAGGAUCAAUCAUAACGGGAAAACGAGUCAUGGCCUCCUGCGCCAAGACCCUCAAACGCGUAACCCUCGAGCUAGGUGGAAACGAUCCCGCAAUCAUCUGCAACGACGUAGACAUCGACACGAUCAUCCCGAAAAUCGGCAUCCUCUCCUACCUCUGCAGUUCCCAAAUCUGCAUGAUGAUCAAACGGCUCUACGUCCACGAAAGCAUCUACGACGAAUUCCUCUCCAAGCUAAUCACAUUCGUCACAACACUCAAGGUAGGCCACGGAACCGAACCAGACACCUUUUUCGGACCAGUGCAAAACGAAAUGCAGUUUGAAAAGGCCAAAGAGCUAUUCUCUUCUAUCACAACGGAGAACCUAAACCCCGUACUCGGUGGUUCGAUCGAGAACUCCACGGGCUACUUCAUCCACCCAACCAUCAUCGACAACCCGCCUGAAUCCUCGCGCAUCGUGCAGGAAGAGCCCUUCGCGCCCAUCUUGCCGAUUAUGAAAUGGUCUGAUGAGGACGAUGUGGUCGAGCGUGCGAAUGCGCUGGAGACGGGUCUUGGGUCGUCGGUUUGGUCGAAGGAUUUCGAGCGGGCGACGCGUAUUGCGGAUCAGUUGCAGUCGGGCUCUGUUUGGGUUAAUAGUCAUUUCGAUGUUUCGCCUACUGCGCCGUUUGGUGGCCAUAAGCAGAGUGGCAUGGGGGUUGAGUGGGGGCUUACUGGUUUGCUCGGGUAUUGCAAUUCGCAGACGCAGUGGUUGAAGAAGAGUUUCUAG